UAUGGAAUUUUCAUUGCUUCAAAGCGUACAGUGCCGACGUUUGACUCGCCGAUUCUAACUACGGCCGCCCGAUCGCCGGAACUCGUUCUUCCGCUUUACAUUGUUGUUUAUCGUGAGGAAUGGCUGCCGAGGCUCAAGAUCAAGGCCAUAGAUUUUUCGUUGCUGUUCAUGUUGGCGCGGGAUUUCACGCACCUUCCAACGAGAAAGCCCUCAGGUCGGCCAUGAAACGCGCUUGUUUAGCUGCCUCUCUAGUUCUCCGAAAGGGCUCAGGCGGUUGUUUAGAUGCUGUUUCCGCAGCUAUACAAGUUCUAGAGGAUGAUCCAGUGACAAAUGCUGGACGAGGAUCCAAUUUGACCGAAGAUGGUCGUGUAGAGUGUGAUGCUAGUAUUAUGGAUGGUGAUACAGGUGCUUUUGGAGCUGUUGGUGCAGUGCCAGGUGUCCGAAAUGCUAUAAAAAUCGCUGCUUUACUGGCAAAGGAACAAAUAUUGGGAUCGUCUCUGCUGGGCCUUAUACCUCCGAUCUUCCUAGUUGGUGAGGGUGCUUGUACUUGGGCAAAGUCCAAAGGCAUUUGGUUGCCAGAAACUACUGCAGAGGCUAAUGAGUGGUUGGUGACAGAAAGAGCAAAAGUUCAAUGGGAAAGAUACAAGUCAAUGAUUCAACGUGCGAAAGAAAAGAAAGAGAAUUCUUAUGUAGUGAAUUCUUGCAGUUCUCAAGACAAUACUAGAAUAUCGGAAGUCCAAUCACCCAAUCCACUGGAAGGCACAACAUGCCAGUCAGCAACGUUAAAUGAUGCAGAAAAUGAUUGUACUAUGGACACGGUUGGUGUUAUAUGUGUUGACAGUGAAGGACAUAUCGCAUCUGGGGCCUCAAGUGGUGGCAUUGCAAUGAAGGUCAGUGGACGUGUAGGAUUAGCAGCAAUGUAUGGUUCAGGUUGUUGGGCGUCCUCAAAAGGUCCAUUUGGGACUCCCUUCAUGGUUGGGGGUUGUGUUUCUGGUGGAGGAGAGUAUCUAAUGAAAGGAUUUGCAGCUAGGGAAUGCUGUGUAUCAUUAUCACUAUCACAGGCAGGUCCGGCCUCUGCUUGCAUGAAAGUUCUACGCAAUUUUGUUCAAGAAAGCAGUCAACAUAAUACUGAUAAGAGUGCUGGGAUUUUACUUGUCCAGGCCGAUGCUCCUAAAUUGGCCCCAGGAAAUCCGCAGAAGUUGAAAGCCGUGGAGAUUGCUGCUGCUUAUUCAUCCCUUUCAUUUGGAAUGGGUUACUUUGCAAGCUCCAUGGAACGACCCAAGGUGUCCAUUUUAAGAAGUACUAAACAAAACAAUAAGAUGGGAAUCGAUCAUUUUGAAGCACGUAUCGAUCUUUCGGACAACGGGAAGCUCUAACAUAGCUAUAGCCAGAACGAGGUGCAAGAAUUACGCUCUCUCCAUCUUCGUCACGAUCCAAUUCUACAGAGAAAAGGUCAUAAUUGUAGAACUUCCAUUACGUUUUUUGUUUAUUCCAGUAACAAUUUGAAGAUGCUGAUAAGAGCAUUAAUUAUCUAUUGAAAAUUAGACUAAAAAGUUAGGUUCAGAUCAGAUGCUCUUCACUCAUGUUCCCUCCAAAUUUGAGGUUGCAGUUUCUAAUUUCUGGGAUGGAUACACAAAGGUCAAAAGAAGUUAAAGUUGGUACCAUAUUUAUUUUUAGCUA